GCCCUCCAGGCGCUGGACUGUAGCCCUGGGCCGACCCACUGCCAAACAGAUUGGCGCUGAUUGAAUCUCCACCCCCGCAGUCGCUUCCACCACAACGCACGUCUUCUUCAUCCUCAGACAACUGCUUACCUUCCGUGUUUUUUCGACUGUAGCCCUCAGUGGAGUUACCUCCGAAAACAGACCUUGCGAAAUCCAUGUUUCCGAUGCAGCUCGACCAGUCGGGCCGGCAGCAAUGUGCUCAGAAAUCGUCCCAGUCAAUCCAUCCUCGCACUGCAGGUUUUGAUAACGUGUCUGGAUGCCUCCGUGAAUGCACCGUGCAGAAAUUUGGCUCAGGAACACGCGUUACUACACGAUCGACAGCAACCAAACUGCAGCCGCCUUCGCCACACAUAUGUCAGACAUUUGCGGCUUUGCGGUACGCGGAGCGAUCGGCUAACGGGUUUCGGAACACGAAGAUGCGGGCAGGGUGCGGACAACGCCGCCCACACUCGCUCCGUCCGCGUCAACCGUGACGUUACAUUGACUCUAUAGUGACGUCAUGAAGCCUGAGAGCGCGAGACGCCAUGUUUGUGAUAGUUAACAUAUUUCUCCUCGGAAAUAAUGCUUGCGUGGUGCCUCGGAAUGAAUGGGCUGUAUUUUACGAACCACAGUAACAUGCUUUGCUAGGAACCCUGGACUAUAAACGUUGCUGUUCGACAGCACCACUGGUUUUGGGUGAUGUUCUACGAGCCAUCUGUCGCCUAGGCAACGGGGUUGUUUACAACUUGGAGAUAGGCUGUACCGCGAAGAUUUUGCUGUCGUUUUCGAACCGGCGUUUUCUUGAUCCGAUCGGUGUCAGCUAUGCCAAAAGAAGAAGGCCACGCAUCGACAAAGGGCCAGGCGGGCGGAGGCAAGCCAGGCCUGCUGGCGUCCAUGCUGAACCCGUUCCGGAAACAGGCCAAGCCCGAGGCUGUGCAGGGGCUGAUGGCGGCGUCGUCCGAGGAAGGACCCGCGCACCGGCAUGGGGACGACGAGGACGAGGACGACGAGGAGGAUGACGCCGAGGACGAAGACGAGGACGAGCACGUGAUCCCCGUGGAAGGGGCCUACGACCCGGCCGAGUUCGACUCCCUGGCGGUCUCGGCCGAUAUCAAGGAGCUCUUCGGAUUCAUCACCAGGUACACACCCCAGACGGUCGAGCUGGACCAGGAGCUGCGGCCGUUCGUUCCCGAGCUGAUACCGGCCGUGGGCGACAUUGACGCCUUCCUCAAGGUGCCCCGGCCCGACGGCCGCGCGGACAGCGUCCAGCUGGGCCUGCGAGUGCUGGACGAACCGAGCGCGCAGCAGUCGGAACCUUCCAUCUUGGCGCUCAGGCUGCGCGCUCUGUCCCGGGACGCGCGACUUGCGGCGGCCAGCAAGGCCGUGGUGAAGAGCGUCGAGAGGCCUGAGGACCAGCCGCGAGAGAUCGAGUCGUGGCUCCAGAGCGUCCAGGAGCUGCACCGCGCUAGGCCACCACCCACCGUGCACUACACAAGAAACAUGCCUGACGUGGAAUCACUGAUGCAAGAGUGGCCAGCUGACUUCGAAGAGAUGCUCGCCGAGGUACAAGUGCCAACAGCCGAGCUGGAGUGCUCCUUGGAGGAAUACGCCACCAUGGCCUGCCUGCUGAUGGACAUCCCAGUGUACAAGGGCAAGUUGAUCCAGUCGCUGCACGUACUUUUCAGCUUGUUCACCGCCUUCAAGAACUCGCAGCACUUCGGCGCAAUGGCCAUGGACACAGGAGGCGGUGGAGCUGGCAAGGCAGCCGCCGAGGACGCUGAUGCAGAAGGAGUGGACCGCCUUGUGCUGUGACGCAAAUGUCCAUGCUGAACUGAUCGGUGGCACUUCAGCUUCUUCAGAGGAACUCAAGAAUUGAAGAACCGCGGAGUUGGUUUAUGCUGAUGGUUACUCGAGAAACUAACGCGCACAAUAAGAGCUGUCGCGUUUGUCGUGCGCACGUUUAAUUCUUGAAGCAGAUAUUUUCUACACUGCCUUAGUAUCAUCACGAAGCCGCUUCUUCAGUCUGGCCACUUCCAUUUCAUUCCGCAUUAAUUCCCGGUGAGGCGAUAUUCACUGUGACAGGAAUUCUUGGUAGCGCCGUGAAACGGACAGUUUAUCCCGCCCGCGCUCGACAAGGAAGUUUGAAGGCUCACUAUGAGCACAAGCCCAAGGCAGACCGUGACAUGCGACGGCCAAUCGCUCCGUAUAAAAUUCCCUAAGAAUUACUCCCACUCAUUUAUUAUCACAGCAAUCGCUGUUUAUGCGAUGACUUCCCCAGUCAUUUGGAUGUUCGCCCAUGUUAGCGGUGUCCAUCAUAGGAAUAACAACGUGCUUUGAAAUAAUUUUAUAAAAGAAUAAAUAAAAUUUUAAAAAGUUACACUUCUCAGCGAGGUAUCGUAAUCCGGACCUACGAAGUAGCAGUCUAAUAUUUUAGCUCCCAUUAAUCCCACUGAUGUUGUGAAUUGAUUCCGCUGAAUACUGUGACCCGCCUCUUCAGAGCUCGCAAAAAAUCAUUAGCUGAGGCCACGUAUAGGUUACUAGUAGUUUUUCCAUAAACCAGCCCCCAAGUGAAAGAACUAAAGCAACACCAUCGGUAACAAGCCAAAGGAAUGGUAGGAAAGAGGCAGAAAAAAAUUGCGCCUCUCCCCUUCUCCGCCACCAGGGAGCGCAAGAUCCACAAGAGAGAUGUUUGCAGUUCUUUUGGUCACACCAAGACAACAGCAACAACUUUCGACGAAUAAAGU